GCCCAUCAUCUAUGGUACCUAACCUUAUACGACAAACGCCAGAAGUUGAUAACCAACUUCCAGCAGAAAACAGAGGGACAGACUCAGCAAAGCAGUGGCCAGAAGCUGAAAAGUGAUGGCACUUAGAGCUUCAGCCACCGCAAAGUCACCUCUUCCUUCUUCUUCUUCAUCAUCACCACCUAAAGUCUUUAGUCUACCUAAACUAUACCAAAAACCACAAUUUACUUCAAAAUCAGUGUCAGUGUCACUACCUACAUCGACUGCUCUUUUCCUCUUUCCACUCUUCACUGCUACACAUGAAGCCAGAGCACUCAGCUUACCCAAGGAAGAUAUCGUCUCUUCCCUUAAUCAGGUAGAAUCUGCAGUUAAUCAAGCUCAAGAGGUUGGUUCGAACUUUUUGGAUACUGCAGGCCGAGUGAUUGGGCCCGUGAUUGAUUUUGUGAAGCCCGGGAUUGAUGCGGCCUUGCCUUUAGUACAGCAGGCAGGAGAGGAAGUUUUGAAGAAUGCUUCUCCUGUCAUAUCUGAUGCCACUAAGAAAGCCCAAGAGGCAAUGCAGAGUGCUGGCAUGGACUCUGAACCAGUGAUGACUGCAGCGAAGACAGUGGCUGAUGCUGCUCAACAGACAUCAAAGGUGAUCGAAGGGGCCAAACCAAUCGCCUCAUCCACAGUUGAGACCAUUUCAUCAACUGAUCCAGCUGUUAUUGCAGUAGCUGGUGGCACAUUAUUCCUGGCAUAUCUCCUACUUCCCCCUGUCUUCUCCGCUCUCUCUUUCAGCCUUCGUGGUUACAAGGGUGAACUAACUCCUGCUCAAACACUGGACAUGAUGUGUUCUAAGAAUUAUGUCUUGAUUGAUAUUAGAACAGAGAAGGACAAGGACAAGGCUGGAAUUCCUCGUCUUCCAUCUAGUGCUAAAAACAAGAUGAUUCCUAUCCCUUUGGAAGAUUUGCCAAGUAAAGUAAGGAAUCAAGUGAGAAAUCCGAAGAAAGUGGAAGCUGAAAUAGUGGCUCUGAAGAUAUCAUUCCUCAAGAAAAUCAACAAGGGGUCUAAAAUUGUGAUAAUGGACGCGUACUCUGAUUCAGCUAAAACAGUUGCUAAAUCACUGACGAGCUUUGGCUUUAAGAACUGCUGGAUCAUGACUGAUGGCUUCUCCGGAGGCAGGGGGUGGUUGCAGAGUCGGCUGGGAACAGAUUCAUACAACUUUUCUUUUGCAGAAAUCUUAUCACCAUCAAGAGUCAUUUCAGGGGCAGGUCGACGUUUUGGUACAACAGGCACUGUCAAAUUGCUUUCAGAUUAACAAGUCUCCCUUGUAAUGACCAAGAAAUGGCCAUAGUGUAGUUUUUGUAAGUUAGUUUGAAUUCUUAAAGAUAAGCUAUGUAAUUCUUUGAUCAGUUCUAAUGAACUAUCUUCUGGCUCA